CCCACUAAGAAAAACAAAUAAAUUACGUAAAUAAAAGCUAUCGCCAUUUUAAUUUCAGGUGCAUUUACUAUGUCACUAGUUUAACAUUUUUUAAUUAUAAUAUUAAUAAUAUACUGUACGUAGACAAUUUUAAUAAACUCGAAAGUGCUUUUUAUUUCAUAAAUACCAUUCACGUGAUGUAAUUAAGGUUAAUUUGUGAAAAUAAAAAGCCUGUUUAGCAGAGAUUAUCUUUGGCAAUAGAGCAGCGUUAUGUAAGAAUUUAUAAAUUGCAAGAGACUGAAGUGCAUGAAAUUAAAAAUUAAUUCUACAAAAAAAUAUAUUUUUAUAAUUUUUUGACGAUGUGCUGCUUCAAUAAUUUUACUUAUAUUAGUCAUUAUUAGUUAUAUUUAUAACCACAGGACUUAUAUAUGAAGGGUAAUUUGUUUUGUAAAAUGGAAAGGGAAUUCAGCGAAACUGAUCAAAUUAGCCCGGAAUAUAUUACUAAACGAGUUAACAAAUUAUUAGAAACUAGACCAGAAAAUGAUAAGGAUACUAUUGAGGCACUUAAAGAACUAUCAACAUUCUUCACUGAAAAUACAGCAGAAGAAAGACACAACUUGAAAAGUAAAAUAGAAAAAAGAAAUGCAGCUAUCAAUGAUGAAUUCUCAUCUGCCUUUAGAGAAGUAAAAAGUGUAUUAGAAAGUAUACAAAAAGAUGUAAAUGGUAUAAGUGGAUAUGUCGAAAGUAUGACAAGUAAAAUGAAAACUACUAAAGCUGAAACAGCAUACCUUAUUGAACAAACAAGAAAGUUACAAGCUGAAAGUGACAAAAUUUCUAUGCAACAAGAAAUUGUUGCUGCCUUUAUAAAAAAGUUUCAAUUGAACUCUGAUGAAUUAGCUAUUCUACAUGGUAGUACUAGAGAUGCACCAAUAUCUGAAGAGUUUUUUACAGUUAUAAACAAGGUGCAGGACAUACACAGCAAUUGUAGAAUUUUAAUGCAAUCUGGUCACCAAACUUUGGCUUUAGACAUUAUGCAACAGAUGACAUUGCUUCAAGAAGCAGGGCUUGAGAGACUAUAUCGUUGGACACAAACUCAAUGUCGACACAUUGAAAAUGAGCAACUGAUUACUUUACUUUUUAAAGCUAUGAGCAAACUACAAGAAAGACCAGUUUUAUUUAAAUAUAUUCUUGAUGAAUAUUGUACAGCUCGUAGAUCAAUUUUAGUAAGUUCAUUUAUAGAUGCUCUUACAUUAGGAAAAGGUCAAGGCAGUGUUGCAAAUCCAAUAGAAAUGCAUGCCAAUGAUCCAAAGCGCUAUAUUGGUGAUAUUCUAGCUUGGCUGCAUCAAGCUAUUCCAGUAGAAAAAGAGAAUCUGCUUAUUCUUUUGAAAGCUUGUGAUAUGACAUCUAUGUCUGAUCAGAUCACAGAAGCUUUGAGUAACAUUACAGAAGGUCUAUGUCAUCCCCUCAAAUCCAGGAUUGAACAUGUUGUUGCAGUUGAGGGACCUUCUACAGUUUUAUAUACUGUUACUACCCUUAUUAGAUAUUAUAAAACUAUUCUUAAACCUGUCAUACAUGACAGUGUACUUGAUUCUAUGUUUGGUGAUUUGUUAGAGUUAAGUGAGAAAAGUUUUGUUAGCAGGCUGCAAAGAGAAACUAGGUUGGCACUUGGGGAAAGAGCUGAACCACCAGGUACAGACUUGGUACCUGCACCUUCAGUUUCAAGAUUGCUUUCUCUUCUUAAUGAAGUUUUAUCAGUGGCAAGUAUAGCAGAGGAUAGAGAAAAAGAUAUACUCUUGAUUGUCUCAUGUAUUAUUGAUCCUCUAUUGCAAGAAGUAAAUGAAACUGCUUCGCGACUUCCAACUGUAGACAUGGCUGUAUAUUUGUUAAAUUGUAUGCACCAAAUUCAUUCCACUUUGGCUUUGUAUGAAUACAUGGAUCAGAGACUUGAGAGGCUGCAGGCUCAAUCAGAUGCUCAAAUUGACACGCUAACUUCAGAACAAGCUAGUUCUUUGGUUGCGCAUUUGAAUUUGGGACCGAUAUAUAAUAUUUUACAGGGUCGUGAUCAAGGACCUUUAUCUUCAAUCGCAGGAAUGGAUCCACUCAGCAUUAAGGAAUUUACAAAUAAACUGGAAGCAUUCUUGGUCAUGCCAGACGUAUUGUUAUUGCCACAAAUUUCUUUACUCCAGAGUAGCAUUCACCGUAGUAAUACACAGAGGCGAGCGUUCGAACUUAUUGGUGCAAUUUACAAGCAACUGUAUGAGGCUUGUCAUGAUCCUAAAAAUCUUUAUCAGAAUCCUAACAGUCUUUUUAGCCACACACCUGAUAAACUCAUGAAAAUGCUCUUGGCUCAUUGAAUAAAUACGUUAUUUUGAAAAUAAAUGUUGAUUUAAGUAUAAUUGAGAGAAAUGUACACAAAAUAUUAUUUUUAUAAAUACUUAU